AUGGUUAAUGGCACUGAAAUCAUGUUUUUGUAUCUAAAUGGUGUUUGGCUUCGGGUGGGUGGAGGCAUAUUUCCACUACGAGACUCCCGGAACUCUUCGUUGGUUGAGUCUGCAAACUUGCUGAGGCCGAGCUUCGUCCUUGUAGACACGGCAAUGUUUGGCCAUCCAUUGCUCGUGCUUCUCGGCCAUGAAUGCUUCACGGAGCUCGCGACAACGCGGCCUGGGAAGCCCACAGCCCCAGUUAAGAGAUUGGUUGUGAUUGAGACUGAGGAGAUGUAUAAAUCCCGGAAGGAAAAGGAAGCUAGCCACUGGGCUAUACGUUCCCCUUUGGUUGUGGGCGACUUUCCAACCAGUGCAACUGAUUCUUCCUAG